AUGGCUUAUGAAUUCGUUGGCUACCAAGUCGAAUUGCUACUACAUGACAGUUCGAAAAUAAGAGGUUAUAUCAAAGAUGUUGUUGAUAGAACAAUUACCAUAAUCAAUGUUGAAUUCGUAAAUACCGGGAAAAAAUUAAAUUCUUAUUCAAUCUCUGGUAAUUUAAUUAAUGACUUGUAUAUUUUAAAUUUACCCAAAAAUCUAUCCUCAAAUUCUAUUACCAUUAAUACUAACACCAAUACCACCAAUAACAAAUUACAAACUGGAACCACAAUAAAAAAAUCUAAAAAAUCUAAAAAUGAUCCUGUUCUAUUUGUUGACGAUGCUAUAAUUUUUGCAAGCUCUUCAAAAUCAAAAUCAAGAGACAAUUCUCCAAGUAUACCUUUAAAAAAUAGAAAACUAAAUAACAACAAUAACAACCAGGAUGAUCCAGUUUGGGAUGACGAUAUAACUAAAAUUAAACAAUCUUCUGAUUUUGAUUUUCAAAGUAAUUUAGCUUUAUUUGAUAAAAAAAAUGUCUUUCAAAAAUUAAAAUCAAUGGAUAAUAUUCAAUAUUCUAAAAGAUUAGUUGGUCAUAAUAAAGUUGACUCUUUAAAAUCCUUUAAUUCAAACUCAAUUCAAAAUUUAGAUCAAAACCAAAAUGCAAAUCAAAACCAAAACCAAAACCAAAAUGCAAAUCAAAAUGCAAAUCAAAAUGGUUUUCAAAUUGAAAAUCAAAACGGAUUUCAAAACUUUCUUCAUAAAUCAAACUAUGAUAAUAACGAAAUGGUUCUAGAUUUGAAAAGCGAUAAUUGGGAUACUUCAACCAACGAUGAUUUUGCAAAUAAUGAUCUUUAUGAUUCUCAAUUAUCUUCAAAUCCUUCUAAUAUGAUUUACAACAUUACUACUAUCAAAGAAAACGAAAUUACUUCUGAUUUAAACAAUUCCUAUACAUAUAAAAACACACCUCAAAUCAUUAAAAAUAAUAAAAUUGAUAAAAUUGAUAAAAUUGAUAAAAUUGAUAAAAUUGACAAAAUCGACAAAAUCGACAAAAUUGAUAAAAAUUCAAACCAAAUUCAAAAGGAUAAUUUAAGCUUUAAAUUACAAAAUUCAAACACCAUCAUACCCUUAAUUUCUCAAGUUCAUUUAAUUGAAAUUGAAAGACUCGCUUACCAAGAAUUUAAAAUAAAUCCAAGCUUGUUUGCUGAAAAUUGUGCUGUCAAUUUAUCAAAAUUAAUCAUUCAAUUACUCGGAGGUUCCCCAAGAAUUGUCAAUAAUCACAAUAAACCACCUUUAAUUUUAAUUGUAGUUGGUAACAAUAAAGCCGGUUCAAGGGGUUUGGCUGCUGGAAGACACUUGACUAAUCAUGGUGUUAGAGUAAUUGCCUAUAUUUUAACAAGAAAAACAAAUUCUAACUUAACCAAUGCAAAUUCAAUUAAUCUCAAUAAUGACCAACAUUCAAUUGAUGAUUAUUUCGAUCUCAAUGACGAUCUAGAUUCUUCUGUUAAAUAUCAAUUAAAACUAUUCCAUUCUUACGGUGGUAAAAUAAUUGAUAAUUUCAAAAUUUUGAAAAAAUUUAUUCAAAAUCUAGAUUCUCCAAUUGAAUUAAUAUUAGAUUCCUUACAAGGCUAUGAAUCAAAUUUGUCUGACUUGUGGGAUGAAAAUGAGUUAAAAAAUUCUUUACAAAUAAUUAAAUGGUGCAACAAAUUGUCAAGUAAAGUUGGUAUUAUGUCUCUUGAUAUCCCUUCAGGCAUAGAUGCUGGCUCUGGCCAGUUUUCUCCAAUUUUUAACUCCGGAAAUCACAAUGUUCCUGCUUCUAAUGUCUCUGUCUCAUCUGAAUAUAGUUUUAUGGAUUCAUUAGUAUCCGAAAAUGAUGAUUUAGGAAAUGACUAUAAUCGCAAUUCAAAUGUAUUGAACAUUAAAAUGAACUCUAAAUGGAUUGUCUCCCUUGGUUUACCUUUGAUUUCAUUAUUACAUAGCUACAAGUCCGGACUUAUUCAGCCUGGUGAUUGGAUCCAUUAUUUGAUUGACAUUGGUAUUCCUCACAAGAUUUUCACAAAAAGAAGUUAUUUAAGAAAAUUUGACAGAAACCUAUUUCUUGGUGAAGAGACUAUUAAAACUUUAGAAAUCUCUGAUUAG